UCAGCGCGCUUCCGCGCCCGGCGCCGCAGCCCUGCCCCCGCCGCCUGCGCGGCCGGCCCGGCCCGGCGGAGAGGCGGGGGGAUUUCCAAGCGCCGGCGGCCGCGCCGCUUCCUCUCCUUGUUUUGCUUUCGAUCUGGACCUUUCUGCGCCCGGGCGGAGGCAGUGAACUUUUAGUUUUACUCCCGCGAUUAUUCAGCGCCUGUUUUCAUUUCCAUUUCGCGUCCCCUGGCAACGGCGGUAACCUUGAGGAAUUAUAUAAGGGCUGCGAAAACGGGCAGGAAAGGGCAUCACUGACUGAGUAUUCCUAGGGAACAAAAGAGGCACUUUUACAUGGAAUUAGAAGACCAGAGAGGAUCAAAGGUGACAGGCAUAGUGGAGCAGAGAAGUUAAGAAUGAUGCAGAGAACACAGAUGUGAAGAACAAAGGAGAGAGGAAGGAACUGAGCCUGGUACAGAGGGAGAGAAGAGAAGAAGCAGCCUAAAUGCAAGUACUUGAACAUGGAGAUGAUGGGUUGCAGGCUGCUUAACGGGAGUUUAAUGUGAUGCUUUAAUCUGCCUCUAGAGCUGACUGGCACUUUCAGAGUGGUGCCUGAGAAAGGUUAAUGUUUUUAAAAUUUUCUGCCUCAGGUUCAAGACUUUGGACUCUCAUGUCAAUAAUUUACAGCUCUAAACAGGGAAGUGGUAUCAGGGUCACGUGUGUGUGUGAGAGAGAUAGAGAGAGCGAGGGAGACAUAAAAAAAGAAGUCAGUUUGAAUCUUAACUGAAUAAUACAAUGUGGCAUGGUGCAACUGGGGGGGCUGUGAAGCACUCGCUUACUAGCUAAGCAGUAUCAAAAUGUAAAAUAGCAGCUAAAAAAUGAGUGACUGGGUGUAUCAGAGAAAGCUGGAGGGAGGGGGUGAAACUACUCAGCCAGAACCAAAGUGAUCUGAUAAAUUGCUGUGAUGUGAAAUGUAUUUUUCCUAAUUUUAGUCAACUUUAUGUGAUAGGAACAGCCAUUUGAAAGCACUCAGUUUAGCAGGUGCAUGGUUUUAACUAGUACAAUGAUGCCACCUGCAUGUUCAUUUCUCUGGUUACAUUUUUCUUUCCUGGCAAAAAGAGGUCUUGUGCAACUACUGGUACUUGGGGGACAAAGAGGUCUCUUUCGGAGUGUAAUUGUUUUUCUUUGCGGCCUCUGGUAUCCCACCUGGAUCAGAAGACGAGCUUUUGCCAAUAUAAUGUGUCUUCUUCAGGUGAGGGUUUCCCUAAUCCAGGUGUACCGGAAGUGUGUUUUCUGCCAUAGGAGAAGACCUUAUAAUCUUAGUUGCUCUUUUGGGAGGCUCCCACACAUAUAAAAAGUCAUGAUUUUGUUUAUAAUUGUUCAGUGCCUGUAAAGCUUUAGUAAGUCUGUAUUGUGCAGAGAUGGGGCUGGAAAACAGUAACCUUGUCCCUUGUUCUCUGCAGCUUCCCGGGUGGUGACAAUGCCUGUUGAAAGGAUGCGGAUGCGCCCCUGGCUGGAGGAGCAAAUCAACUCGAACACGAUACCGGGGCUGAAAUGGCUAAAUAAGGAGAAGAAGAUUUUUCAGAUUCCCUGGAUGCAUGCCGCAAGACAUGGGUGGGAUGUUGAAAAAGACGCUCCCUUAUUUAGAAACUGGGCAAUUCACACAGGGAAAUACCAGUCAGGAGUAGAUAAACCCGAUCCAAAGACAUGGAAGGCAAACUUCCGUUGUGCUAUGAACUCCCUGCCAGACAUAGAAGAAGUGAAGGACAAAAGUAUAAAAAAAGGAAACAAUGCCUUCAGGGUAUACCGGAUGCUGCCAUUAUCUGAAAGACCUUCCAAAAAAGGAAAAAAAACAAAGUCCGAGAAGGAUGACAAAUUAAAACAAAUUAAGCAAGAGCCAGUUGAAUCAUCUUUUGGGAUUAAUGGGCUAAAUGAUGUCACUUCUGACUAUUUCCUGUCCUCCAGUAUAAAAAAUGAAGUUGACAGUACAGUGAACUUUGUAGUUGUAGGACAGCAGCACCUUGAUGGCAGCAGCGAGGAGCAGGUGAUAGUUGCCAAUCCCCCUGAUGUUUGCCAGGUAGUAGAGGUGACAACAGAAAGCGACGAACAGCCCCUCAGCAUGAGCCAGCUGUACCCCCUACAGAUCUCCCCUGUCUCAUCCUAUGCAGAAAGUGAAACAACUGACAGCGUUCCAAGCGAUGAAGAAAAUGCAGAGGGACGACUUCAUUGGCAGAAGAAAAACAUUGAAGGCAAACAAUAUCUCAGCAAUCUGGGAAUGAGGAACACUUCUCACAUGCUUCCCAGCAUGGCAACUUUUGUAGCCAACAAGCCUGACCUCCAAGUCACCAUCAAAGAAGAAAGCUGCCCACUGCCUUACAACAGUUCCUGGCCCCCUUUCCCAGACAUCCCUCUGCCACAAGUCAUGUCCACAGCUUCCACAAGCAGCAGCCGGCCGGACCGCGAGACACGGGCCAGCGUCAUCAAGAAAACAUCAGACAUCACCCAGUCAAGAGUCAAGAGCUGCUAAGCCUCUGAUGGUGUGGUUUUUUAGCUUUGUUUUGUUUGGUUUUGUGUUUUACGUUUCUCUAGGAGAGGUUCAUCCCUUGGCGCACACAAGACAAAUCUAAGGUAAAGCCUUGGCGAUAUAAAACGUUGCUGUGUCCGACUCCAGUGCCGGAGUGUUUUUAACUCAGGACUCCAGCCGUCAGUAUGUACACCUGAACCCAGGUGGAUUUCCAAGGUUGCUAUGUAGGAAAACAACCCAAGAACUUUGGCCCACUCACAGGUUCCAGUGUUUCAUAAGAGGACCAACUGACCACAAGGGAAGUGGUGCUGCUGCACUUCUUGCUGUCAAGGCUGUGAUGGAACUGAAAGCCUCAGAAUGGAAGAGAAAAUGUGAACUAGCUGGAAUAUUUUUAAAUAAAGAAAAGUCUAUUGUGAAUAUUGUACAUAGUGCAGUACUAGCAACGUUGCAGUCUGCUUCUGCACCUUAUUAAGAAAGCACUUACAAAAGGCCUUUUAUUACCUUGCUCCACUUAAUGGCACAUUGAGGGUCCCUCCCCACCUGUAUUCUUUUCCAAGGCUAUUCUUGCUAAAGUGUCUUUAAAGAAUAGAGGAAAGGAAGGGAAGGUAAAACUUCCAUGUGGAAUUCAUACGUUUUAAGACUGCUUUUCUCAUGUUUGUUUCUAAUCUGCUAUGCUUGAAUGCCGCGUGGUACAAUAGGAAAAAAAAAAAGAAACCUAUUACAGAGAUAUUAUGCAAAUUCCCAGAUUUAAAAAGAAGAAGAAAAAUACUCUAAUUCUAACCAGAGCAAGCUUUUUUAUUUUUUAUACAGGGGAAUAUUUUAUUCAAAGUAAAAUUCUAAAGUGAAUAUAAUUUUUUUUAAUCUUUUCUACAGCAAAUUUAUAAUUUUAAGAUUUAGUCCUUGGUUAUCAGCAGUUAUUACAUCCUUGUGGCACAUUUUUUUUAAUUUUGUAAAGGUGAAAUAGCUUUUAUGAGCUCAUGUAGCAAUCAGAUUAUCCUGUGGAUUGAUAAUAAAUAUGGUAUAUAGUUAAAUUUUUAAUAA